CUAACGCUGAGUCUUACUGGUGAAUCAUCUAUCUAAGUGGUCCACUCACUCGUUUGCCCUUCAAUACAUUUACCUGCGCCGUGUCUCACAGUGCUCCUAGGCUAACUUAGCAAAUCACGCCCGUUAUGGAGACGUCGGGCAUCAUGUGGGCGUCGACGUCUGUCAUCACUUUCGUGGUGAUGGUGACUGCCACGCUCUACCUGUACAACUAUCUGCUAAGGAAGAACAGAAGGUUCGCUUGGGGCUCCCUCGGCCGGGAUGUGGUCGUCCUGCACAGCACUCCCCGCGGCCGCUUUGCUCCCAACAUGUCUCCCUUCGUCAUCAAACUGGAGACCUUCCUGCGGAUGGCAAAGAUACCCUAUAAGGUGGACUUCGAGGAGCCUUUCGGGCCCAAGGGGAAGACCCCCUGGAUCACACUCAACGGCGAGGAACUCACGGACUCCCAGCUCGUGAUGGCGGAACUCACGCGUCGCUACGAACUCACUGACAAGCUUAGCGUCGAGCAGCAGGCGGUUGCGAGAGCGCUUACCGUGAUGGUCGACGAGCACCUCAUCUGGGGACUGCGUGUGUGGAGGUACGACGUGGACCGCGGGCAGGGCUUCUCCGAGUGCAUGAGCAACGUGCCCUUCUACUACAAGUGGCUCGUUCCAAUUCAGUGCUGGCGCAUGCGUAACGCGCUGUGGCAUCAGGGUAUGGGAAGGCAUACGUACCAAGAAGUCAAGAACAUAGUCAAACAAGACUUGGCGGCGAUCGCUGGUUGUUUGGGUGACAGAUCAUUUUUAUUCGGAGAUGAGCCUUGCCAAGCGGACUGUGCUGUAUUCGCUCACCUGGUUAACAUUCUCUACAAUUACCAGCGCUCACCAUUCUACGCCAUGGUGACAAAUGAUUUCCCAAAGCUCAGUGAAUAUGUGUCGAGGGUGAGGGCGAAACUUUGGCCGAACUGGUACCUCCUCCUCGACCCGGCACAGCCUCAGCGCCGUCUAAGUACUUAAGGACUACUUAGAUUAAGAUAUAAGUGUGGAAAAAAGUCUGUUAAACUCCGAGAGGCAUGGCAGUAUGUUAUCUGACGAAAAUAAAUAUCAAAUUCCUUUCUUAGAUUGUUCUAAUAGGGUUUCAACUCUGACACUUCAUUGUUUUCAAUUAAUACUCAUUUGAUUCUCUCAUUAAUUACUUAACGCAAACAUUUAAGGUAUUUACGCAUCAUAGAAUAAGCACAGGUGUUCCAUUCUGGCUCCUACUCACAGCUGAUCAUUAUAUGCUCCUGCAGUUCAUGGUUGGGAAUGUUCUGUUGCAAUAUUUUAGAUCUUUUAUUUGAUAGUACUUUAGUUAUAACGUCAUUUGACCAUC